ACGCCGCCCAACAACCAAACACCAAUGUUUACCAAAUAUAAUUCAGCCAUUUCAUACGUCAAAAAGUAUAGGGUGUCGCCUUGCUUAAAACCCCUUCUAGCAAGGCCGCUUGCAAUUUUAAUUGCGUCAUUUUUGACCUGACCAAAUUUCACACUUUUUCCAGAUGGAAUAUCAACCUUAAUACAAGCGAAAUUGAAGAAAAUUGGAAUAAGUAAAAUCAUAUGAUUACUAUCCAUGGGCGCUCUUUGUAGUCCCUAAUCUUUUCUUCGUGAUCUUUGAAAAUAAAUUCCAUGAAAGGAAUUUCUGGGAUAUUGUCAAGGUUAAUGUCUGCAAAAUAGAAAUACUUUGUAAGUAGAAAUUAUUUAUGAUCUUACAAAAAACCUCUCUGCAUUAUAAUGCUGUUGAGAAAGGAUCGUCUUCGUUCACACUCAAAACAGAACUGGUUUUAUUUCGCAUCUUCGGAAGUUGAUAUACAUCUCACGACUUCUCAUAAAUCACAAAUAUAACUAAAAGCGAGUCCAUGGUAUUUUGUUUCUUUGAAUUUUGCCUAAAAUGAAAUAUAACCUCAUAGAUCAAAUUCAAAUAGAAUGAAAAAGAUAAAGAAUAGAAAAUUGCGUAGACGAAGUCGUAAACAAAUAUGAUUGUUAAUGUGGUGCCCUUAAAAAAAGCGUUAAACAGCGUUAAAGAAUUUAUGCUAUGCAUAAAUAGUCAGUUACCAAACACUUUUCUGAGAAAAAGGUUUUAAUUCAUUUUCAAGUCUGGACUUUCAUUCUAUUUCAGCCGCACAGCAUGCAGAAGGAACAUAGCCUAGAAAUAUCUUUCGCAGAUUUUAUUUUUGAAGAUCAUGAAAAUAGGAUUAAAUAUUACAAGGAUCGCCCAUGGAUCGUUGAUAUUCCAUCUGGAAAAAGGGUGACAUUCGGCCAAGUAAAAAAUGACGCAAUUAAAAUUGCCAGCAGUCUUGCUAGAAAAGGCUUCAAGCAAGGCGACACCCUUUACUUUGUGACAUACGAAAUGGCAGAAUUAUUUUUGAUGAAAAUUGGUGUUUGGUUGUUGGGCGGUGCGGUGCGAGGUUGCUACCAAGGAGAAGUUCCUGAUGUCUACGCAAAACAAAUAAAGGAAAGCUCGGCCAAGUUUGUAAUUAUUGAUUUGGAUACUAUUGACAUGAUUAGAUCUGCUUUGGAGUUGGUGAAUUUUGAAGUGUGUCUUGUAAGCUUAGGGGACGAACCCAUUCCAGACACUACUCAUAUUUCCGAAUUACUCGCAGAUGAUGGCUCAGCUUUCAACCCACCUAAAAAUAUUAACAUAAGAGAAGAUAUGGUGGAGAUUUUUAACACAAGUGGGUCAACAGGCUACCCUAAAGGUGUAGUUCACACACACUUCUCUUGUGUUGCAUUCAUAGCAAAUAUGAGGUUUCUAAGGACCGAGAAGUCAGUUUUGGAGAUCAUGAUUAAUUACGGCGUAGGGGCUUUUGGGCUGGCCAUGUACUUCCUAACGACUGGAAAAACGAUUUACCAUAUCAACAAAUUUGACCGAGCUCAAUGCUUCCGUCACAUUCUAACAUACAAGCCAAGUAGCAUUUUCAUGUAUCCCUUUCUGGCAAAUUGGUUUGCUAGGAGUGACGACGAACUCGCGCAAAUAAGGUCCAAAGAUUUCUUACAUUUGAUCAAUAUUGCCGGCUGGGUGCUCGAUCCAACAACAGCGGACCUGCUCAGAGAUAAACUUCCAAACACACAUCUUCAGCAGAUUUAUGGAAUGACAGAAUUUUUUUUCGCAACUUGUACGAAGAUCAGUGAGAAGCCGCAAAAGUUGGAGCGCUGCGUCAAUGAAGGUCAAGAUUUUACUUCUUCUGGUCAUUUACUGCCAAAAUAUGAAGGAAAAGUUGUCGACUUAUCCACCGGCAAAGAUCUGGGGCCACACAAAGUGGGCGAGUUGUACGUCAGAGGACCUGGCAUCACAAGAGGAUACUUAAAACCUGGAAAUCAGAUUGAUUCAACUGUAAUUGACAAAGACGGUUGGUUACAAACUGGAGAUUUAUGCUUCAUAGACGAAAAAGGGAACUUUUACAUUAAGGACAGAGUUAAAUUUACCUACAAGUACAUGGCAAUUUUUGUCAUGCCAAUCGAAAUUGAAAAUGUUCUGCAAGAGCACCCUGAUGUACAAGAGGCAGGUGUUGUGGGAAUGCCCAACCCUGCAACCAAUAACGAUUCGAGGGCUCUGGUUGUGCUAAAACCAGGACGAAAAUGCAGUGCAAAGGAGCUGUGCAAAUUCGUGGCCGACAGACUUCCUACGCACAAGCAACUGCACGGCGGAGUGCAAUUUGUCAAGAGACUUCCUGUGAAUAAGGGUGGAAAAUUGGACAGGAAGGCCCUCAAAGAUUUAGCAAUUUCAGUUGUAUAACUAUAGCAUUCAAUAAAAAAAAUAA